AUGACACGGAAAUUUCAAGGAAGGAAUUGGGGACUAAAUCCCCACAUUCAAAAAGUGCUUUAUAGCACGGUGGUGGAAAAGAUUGCGCUGUACGCAGCUGCAAUCUGGGCUCAACCGAUGACAACGAGGAAAAUCAAGCAGUUAACAUCACUCCAACGCCCUUUUGUCAUAAGCAUCUGCAGGGCAUACUGCACAACAGCCACGAGCUCCGCCCUUACUCUAGCAGGUAUAGUCCCUCUACACAUCCAGGCCGAGCUAGAGGCGACAUAUACGAGAGUCCUUCACUUGAGGAAAGACGCCUCCUUCGCAGGUACUCUCUACAGUCCAGCACUUUAUGAGCACCCCAAGACACCGCUGCACACACAUCCAGCGCAUAAAGGACUAGGGGUCCACACCCACAUCAUGCAACAGCCCAACAAGGAAAUACAGCACAUCAGCAACCAUACACUUUACACUGAUGGUUCUAAACAUGCUGAAGGCGUUGGCAGUGCUUUCCUGCACUGUUGGCAAAGCCAAGAAUUACAUCAUUGGAAAGGCCACCUAGGUGACAGCAAUAGCGUCUUUCAGGCCGAAGUGAUAGCAAUUACAGCUGCUGUUGAAUAUCUAAUAAGCCGAAAAAUCUCAAAAGCUUACGGAUAA